UCAAAACUCAAAUAACCAUAUAAGCCCUUUCAUUAUAUCAAGAAAAUCAAACAACAUCAUAAACAUGUCGCCCUUUCUCUUCUCCUUCCUUGCUUCAUCAUCCAUUGCUAGAACUCUUUUAUUCUUUGGCUUCAUCUUCAUUUACAUUACUUUCAAAGGAAUUGAGCAAGUUUCUUCAUGCUAUGGCCCUAAAAAGUAUCCACUCAUUGGAAGCUUGAUCUCUUUCUACAAGAAUCGUUGCCGGCUACUCAGUUGGUAUACUGAGCUCUUGGCGAAUUCUCCAAUCAAUACGAUCGUUGUGGAGAGAUUAGGGGCUCGCCGGACUAUCGUCACAGCAAACCCGCAGAAUGUCGAGUACAUACUGAAGACAAACUUCAACAAUUACCCUAAGGGUAAGCCCUUCACCGACAUCCUCGGAGAUCUCUUAGGUUGUGGUAUCUUCAAUGUCGAUGGCGAAGUGUGGCAUGCCAGGAGAAAGCUAGCAAGCCAUGAAUUCACAACCAAAUCCCUCCGAGAAUUCAUUGUAAAAGCACUAAACACAGAGGUACAUGACCGACUAAUACCGAUAUUAUCAUCGUCGAAUAAGAAGAAGAAGGUGUUUGACAUGCAAGACUUACUCAGUCGAUUAACAUUCGACAACAUCUGCAAGAUUUCCCUCGGCACAGAUCCCUGCUUGCUCAAUGAAGAAAUGCCCUCAGCAGAGCUCGCUUCAGCUUUCGAUAUCGCCGCAGAGAUAAGUGCAAGGAGGGGAAUGGCUCCGGUCUCUGCGGUGUGGAAGUUGAAGAGAGCCCUGGGAGUUGGAUCAGAGAAGCAUCUCAAGGUGGCAGUGGAGCUUAUACAUGGCUCAAUAAUGGAAAUUAUCAAGGAGAGGAAGAAGAAGAUUCAUGAUAAACAAAUGGAGAUGAUGAAAAUAGACCAGAAUGAUCUCUUAUCAAGAUUGAUACAAGGAGGGCAUAGCAAUGAGGUGAUCAGAGAUAUGGUUAUUAGCUUCAUCAUGGCAGGGAAGGACACAACUUCUUCAGCUUUAACUUGGUUCUUUUGGUUAUUAUCUUGUAACCCUAAUGUGGAACAAGAAAUAGUAAAAGAAGUGACCAUGCAUGGAAAAGGAGAGCAGAUUGGGUAUCAAGAAUUGAAGGAGAUGAAGUUCUUGGAAGCUAGUCUUUGUGAGAGCAUGAGAUUAUAUCCUCCGGUGGUGUGGGACUCAAAACAUGCUGCAAGAGACGACAAGUUGCCGGAUGGAACUCCGGUGAGGAAAGGCGAUAGGGUUACAUAUUUUCCUUAUGGAAUGGGAAGGAUGGAGAGGUUGUGGGGAAAGGAUUGGGAGGAGUUUAGGCCUUGGAGGUGGAUGGCCGGAGAUAACAGGAAGGAGGUGGUGCCAGUGUCACCAUAUAAGUUUUCGGUGUUUCAAGCUGGGCCUAGAGUUUGUCUUGGAAAGGAAAUGGCUUUUGUUCAGAUGAAGUAUGUGGCGGCCACCGUGCUCCGUCGGUUUAAGCUCCGGCGAGUCGAUGACCAGCCUCCAGUCUUGGUGCCUCUUCUGACCUCUCAUAUGGCCGGAGGACUUAACAUGAUGGUGGAGGAGAGGGUGGUGGAGCUUUAAUUUUUAAUUAGGUUAAUUACGUUGCUAAUUAUGUGCGGUUAAUUAUUAUGAUGAUCAAUGUUGUUAAUUGUAAGUACUCCUAUUGUACUUCUCUACCCUGUUUGAAUAAUGGAAAAGAGUAAAUAUGGA